UUGUAGCCCAAGGGCCAACCUCAGUGCUGCAGAACUCAAAUGUGGGGCAUUUGCAAUAAUAAGAAUAAAAGGUGUAUAAGUGGUAGCGUGGUGAAAUGUUCCUGUUGCUUCAUUAAAGAUUUAUUCAUUGAUUCAAAAUUUUGAAGUAGAAACUAGGAUGUUUUUGCUUAGAUAUGCUUCCUUCCAGAAGAACAUCUGACGGGAGAAGGUGGUUAUCUUUUUCUGUUUUCAGAGACCAAUGAACGCCAGGGAAACCAGCCUGUCUUUACAGAUUGUCAAACAGAGUCUGACCCAGCCAGGCCAAGAGACCAUGGUCUGGCAGGUCUUGCAGGCGGAAGCUGCGAACAUAAACGCUUUGGGUGGGAAGGAAAGUUAUGUCAAGAUGGAGAAUGCUCAGAGUGCGGGAAAUGAGCCAGCAGAUAUUGCCACAGCCAUCUCACAGAUGAGCCAAGCCAGUGUGCUGGAGACAACUAAGAUAUGCCAAGAAGGAUGCAAAUCUUAUGAGGAACUAGGGAAGCAGCCAGUGAGGACAGAAGAUGAAUGCAGUAAGCUUAACCCAGAUCUUAGAGCUCCAGCUAGCCACCCUUCUGAAGUCGACAGGAUGGAUGAAAUUCCCUUCAUCUCCUCCUAUGGCAGAAACGAUUGCCAUACAUCAGACCUUAAUGUGCUAGCUACUAGGCAGGACCACCAGGAACAUCCCAAGUCUGAAGAAACGUUCCAGGAAAAUUCAUGCUUUGACAAACAUCAGAGAACGAUUGCAGGAGAAAGGCAAUCUGACUUGUUAGAGCAUAGCAAAGGAGAUUAUUUGAAUGUACCACAGAGUAACCAUAUAGAAAGUCAACUGAGUAACUUUCCUGAAUUUGGGAAGACCAUUAGUUAUACAAACAGAAAUGAACGAAUUCCGAGUCAAGGGAGACCAUAUGAUUGUCUGCAGUGUGGGAAGAGCUUCAGCAAGAGAGAACAUUGGAGGAAUCAUCAACACCUCCAUACUGGCAACAAACGCCAUAAGUGUCUCGAUUGCGGGAAAACCUUCACUUCUAAAGAAAUACUGACAAGGCAUCAGAGAGUUCACACUGGAGAGAAGCCGCACAAAUGUCCCCAGUGUGGGAAAUGUUUCAGUCAGACAGGCGAUCUGAAAAGACAUGAGAAAAUUCACACUGCUGAGAAACCAUUCAAAUGCCCUCAGUGUGGGAAAUGCUUUAGUCGCAAGGACCCUUUGCAAGAACAUCAAAAAAUCCAUUCAGGAGAGCGACCCUACGAAUGUCCCCAUUGCCGGAAAUGCUUCCGUCGGAGGGAACAUUUGAUGAACCAUCAGCAGCUCCAUUUUGGAGGGAGACUGCAUCAGUGUUCUCAGUGUGAGAAGAGGUUUAAUUUUAGGGAAGUAUUAAAAAGACACCAGCGCAUUCACACAGGAGAGAAACCGUAUCAGUGCUCAGAGUGUGGGAAAUGCUUCAAACAGUGUGGCGAUUUGAAGAGACACCAAAGAAUUCAUACUGGGGAGAAGCCAUAUGCAUGCCCCGACUGCGGGAAAAGCUUCAGUCGGAGAGAAUGCAUGAAGAUUCAUCAGAGAAUCCAUACAGGAGAGAAACCAUUCAGAUGCCUUGAAUGUGGGCGAAGCUUUUCUCAGAGAGCUAUAUUGACCAGACAUCAAAGAAUCCAUUGGGCAGAGACUAUGUGAAAGUCUUAAUGUACGGGCAGAUUUUUGUUCAGAAACAUGAACAGCACUGAGAGAAUCUCGCCUGAGGAUUCAGCAACCAUUUUCUCUAGAGGGCCCCUCUAAGAAAGUAGCUUGUUCUCAGGGUAUACACACUGCAGAAUUAUAGCAGUUCAACACCACUUGAACUGCCGCAGAUUGAUGCUAUGGAAUCCUGAGAUUCGUAGUUUUUGUGAAAUAGUUAUCGUCCUCUGUUAGAAAGCUCUAAUGCCAAACCCAAACUACAAAUCCAAAAUGCAACAAAACACACAAAACAGUGAUGUCUUUAGUGGCCCACCAAAAUGCACAAAAUUCAUCAUGCCAGCUUUCGAAGCUUCUUCAUCAGACAAAGAUGUUAAAAAUCACACAGGACAAGAACAGAGAUGAUUUUAGAGUAACAGGGCUUCAUUUUGUCUUGGGUGUUACUGUUGUUGGUUAAGAUGGUUUGGAAGGAUCUCAAUGCAGGCAGAGGCCACUUCACUUCCUGGCCAUAUGGGAACAGGGUACAAAGGGCAAUAAAAGACAAGUACAGUGGGCCCCUGUUAUCCACUGAGGUUUAGAAUCAUAGAAUCAUAAGAGUUGGAAGAGACCCCAAGGGCCAUCCAG